AUGGACGAUAGAUGGACGAUCUAUGAAAGACAUAUCAAAGAAAUAUCGAAGAAAGAUGUCUCUGAGAUUGUCAUACAGUUCUCAAGAAUUACCCAACAAUUACUCAAAAGAUACUCGAGAAAUUCUCAAAAGCCACAUUUGUUUUUGAUGAACGAGACCAUCAGUCUGACUGGUUUCAAUACUAACCGGAGCGACAAUGGGUCCGUUUCGGUUUCCGCUGCGGACCAGCUUCUUAUCGAGAGAUCUCACGACGAGAUAGUCAGGUCUACGGCACUAUCUUGGCUACAUAGGAUAGUCGCCUGGAUGUGUACUACAUUCUUCUUAUCUAUUCUGAUGGUACUGGCACUAUUCCAUUACUAUUAUGGCAAAAUUUCAGGCGCUGGAGUGCACUCCCAUCAGAGCCCGCGAACACCAGCAUAUCCCAACGCAGAGGGGAAGAAACUGGCCAGGAUCCCGGAUCUUGGAUAUUACUUGAAUAUGUUGAAUCUGGAGCUUUUGGAAUAUAGAAUAAAGACUAAGGACGGUUUUAUCAUUACUUUGCAGAGAAUUACGGAUCCUUCGGAUAGAGACCAGCUUAACCGCAGACCACCCGUUCUACUAGUACACGGAUUGCUCCAAUCGUCUGGUUCUUUCGUAACUUCGGGCGAAAAGUCUCUGGCUGUUUUUCUCUUCAGAAAUGGAUUCGAUGUAUGGCUGGGAAACAACAGAUGUGGUUUUGUGCCAAGAAAUGAGACAUUGAGUCCUCAAGACCCUAGGAUGUGGGAUUGGGAUGUGAAGGACUUGGCCAUGUUCGACCUUCCGGCAAUGGUGGACGAAAUUUUGAAAGUUUCGGCUUUCGACAAGGUCUCUCUUUGCUGCCAUUCUCAGGGAACAUCUCAGACCUUUUUGGCUCUUUCUGAGCAACAUGGAAGUGCCAUUAACCACAAGAUCACUACGUUCAUAGCGUUAUCACCGGCAGUGUUCCGUGGUGCUCUGAUCCACCAGAAACUGUUUAUCAAAUUCAUCCAAGGAAUUUCUGACUCAACAUAUAAGUGGUUUUUUGGCGUUCAUUCCUUCAUGCCAAUAAUGCUCUCAGUUCGAGGACUUAUUUACAAAUACUCUAUUUUUGGUCUACUGAGCUACUCCAUGUUCAACUUCCUGUUUGAUUGGACUGACACUUUGUGGGAUCCAAGCCUCAGAUCUCAGCAUUUUCUAUUCAGCCCCGUAUACGUGAGUACGAAGCUCAUGGCAUGGUGGUUAUGUUCGCAAACCGGUGGUUUUGGGAGCGAAGAAUGCAUAUUAGACGAGACCCAAUCCUGGUUCGAUCCAGCUCGGACUCCUCCUAUCAUGCUGGUGAUACCGUUGGAGGAUAGAUUGGUGGAUGGAGAGAAGCUCAAAACUCACAUGAGAUUAAACGAGCCUCGCAUAUCGACGACUAUCCUUGAAAUUGAAAAAUAUGCUCAUCUGGACGUGUUAUGGGCCGACGACGUGAUUGAAAAAGUUGGUUACCCCAUACUCGAGCAUUUGAAUAUGUGCGUGCGAAACUCACUCUGA